AUGACAGAUACCUUGGAAACGUCAGCACACCAGGCUAUUGUGACGGGAAAGAAGGAUAGGGAUGUUUUGCUGGAUCAGUUGGAUGAACUGCUCGAGCGGUACUUGCAUACAUUGCAUGAGUAUCAACGUGUGAUGAAGGAGCUUUCGCAGCAGCUUUCAGAGGGCUACCUGUCGCUUGCCCAGGCCAAUUUCUACAACUCAUCUUCUACGAUUCGCUAUGGACAGGACUGCUAUGACGAACGCAUGCAGGCUAUACGCAAGAUUCACAUUUCUGAGCAUGGUCGUCUCGCAAGUGAUCGUCCUUACUUCUCUACGUACAUGACGAGUCCUUCGGAUACAGAAACCCUAGAUGAAAACACGCCAAAGACAGACGUACCUGAGUCUUCGUCAGCAACAGCUGAAUCUGAGAGAGAAGAACCACAAUCCAAACCCGACGCAAACGGCCCAAGUUCGGAUUCCGAAGAGACCGAGAAAGAGACUAAGAAGGCUGAAAAAUCUACUGACCCACUCAAAUGGUUCGGAAUCCUUGUCCCACCUGCUCUUCGAGCCGCACAGUCGACGUUUGUAGAAACGGUCGAGGGUCCCAUUCCGCAGCUUGCUACCAUUGCAAGGGACAUGAGGACGCAGGAGAUUGAGAUUGGCAGGGUAAAGAAACAGAUUAAGAAGCUAAACUCGUAG